AUGUCUGUGCGUUCUGACGGCUCCGUAGGGCUGGGUUACAUCACCUCCCUGAACGAUCCGGGCCAUGCUCCCAGUGAGUACUCCCAUUCUCGCCUAUCGUCCAACUCCUCCACCGCCAACCUGGUCCACAGAGACAUGUGGUCCAGGGACUUCAGGGGCUCUGGUCAGACUGACUCCAUGGGGAAGCUCUCCACAAACCCGCUGGGCACCGUCACUUCUUCCAACACCGCCAAGGAGUACUUCCAGUCGCCUACUUCGGAGCAACCGAAGCGCAAGCGGUUGGUAACCAAAGAGCAGAUGUUGGCUUACCGAACCUAUGUCAACGACAUCAACUUCACCCAGGGCCAGUCUGAGUACUUGAACGAUCGUGGUCUGAGACUGCCUCGUGAGAAUAGAACCGCCGACUACCUCCAGGUCACCCCGAACAUCGUCCCUGGAUACACCUUGACGUCUCAGCUCUCGCUGCCAUCGUCCACCCUGCUUUUGUUUUACGACACCGACGAUGCCGAUGACUCUCUGUGCAUCAUCCGUCUCCUGCCCAAUUUCGUGGAAUCUGUCCCCGUGGCUCGCUUCUUGAACGAGUGGUACCUCACAUCGGGUGAAAAUCCACCCAAGCAUCAUAGACCGUGGUGUAACCAUCUCGCUGGCAAUGAGUUUGUUCCUUCAGGUCGCUAUAACUUGCGUAGCGCUGAAUCUCGCUUGAACCUACGCACCCCAGUCACUCUACCGACCAAUCUACCGGGUGUUUUGUAUCCGCUAGAUGUCUUCAAUAUCCACUCGGACCAUGAGGACGUCUUUCAGCGUCGAAUUGGAUUUGUCUACCCGAAUCAUGACUACAAAACCAUCAAAGAGUACCACGCCGACAAGACCCCUGAGAAGGCUGGGAGCGAUAACUCCUCCUUGAACGGAGGUAGUAUACGCUCUAUGCUCUCGGAGAUGUCGAUUGGCGAAAGUUCUCUGAAUCGGUUUAUCACGAGGAACAAUUUGGGAACUGGUGUUUUCGAUGACUUAGCCAACAGGGUCUCCCAGCAGCCCAAGGAUAGGCUCGCCAUUAUCAAGAUCUUGAGUGACAUGAUCGCUCUCUUCACCACCCUUUCCGUUUGCCACGAGUUAGGAGUGGUCCACAAUGGUAUCACCAGUACCGCCAUCUUGCGAGCUUGCAGCUUACCUGACGACUUGGAUCCUAAAGAGCACUCUGUGGUGUUAACGGGCUGGGACUUUGCAUUCAGCAUUUGCGUUGAAGACUCGACCUCCAGUUAUAGAAAGAGCAACAUCGCAGACAUCCCAGACUAUUUGCCCUACAUGUCGCCUGAAAACUCUGGUGAAACUACAUGCUUGGUUGAUUACAGAACUGACUUCUACUCUGCGGGUAUUGUCCUUUACGAGUUGAUCGUUGGAUGCCUUCCGUUCCAGUCUGAUAACCCUGUGAGACUCAGAAAGAUGCAUAUCUCUCAGCGUGCUAUUCCUCCACUGAUCUUGGGUCAAGGGUGGAUUAGUGAGGACUUGAACGACAUCAUUAUGAGAUGUUUGGAGAAGGAUCCAGCUGACAGAUACAACAAUGCCCACGCCUUGAUCAGCGACUUGAAGGAAGUCAGGAAUGAUUACUUGAGAUUGUACAAUAUGGAACGCCAGGAGGGCGAGCAGGAAGCUCCUCUCAUUCAUGAUAAUAUAGAGCUUCACAAGGAUCGCAACACGCUUCCGUUGCUUCACAGCACGAUCAGCAAGUUGAAGGAAACCCCUUGGAGAGAACAGGUUUUCACGGCAUUCAAAGAGAAGCACGAGGGAAUUCACUUCAUCCUCUUGUCUGGUGACAGCGGUGUGGGCAAAACAACUUUGCUUCAAGAAUUGAAAAACGUUGCGGUCUCCAAUUACAAUUUCAGCAUUUCAUGGUCCUACAACUGCUCUGAUAUCAACGUCACUCCUUACAAGUCCGGUAUAUCUGCCAUUCAGAGUAUUGUGAAGCAAAUUUUGGCGUCUUCAAAGGAGAAUAUUGCAGAAUGGAGACACAAAUUCACUGUCGAAAUUGACACUGACCUCAGUAUACUUUUUCCUGUCAUUCCUGAGCUACAAGAACUUUUAGGUCCCAGGUACCAAAGCAUCAGAACAUACAGACCACAGGCAGAGGGUGAAGGCGCAAUUGAUGUUGGCGCCGAGACCGAUUCGAGUGAGCAGAUAUCUGAGGAUAGCAGCUCCAGACUCAGCAACCUUCCUGGAUUUGAUCAGCAUUCUCUCAAUAUUGAGAUGAAGCUUAAGUAUAUCAUCAAGCGUGUAUGGGCCUUAAUAGGACCAAACGGUGUCACCCUUGUGUUGGAUGAUAUUCAGUGGGCUCACCCUGCUGAGGUUGGCUUUUUAAAGGAAGUCUCCAGCUUUUGCACAUUGAACGAAGAACCUCUCAAUAUCAAAGUCAUUUGUGGCUACCGAACUGGAGAACCUUCUUGUGAAAAAGAUAAGGCUAACACUGAAUAUGAUGAAAUUGUGUCUAUUUUAGACCUCCCACUGUGCAAGCUUAGUGAGUAUUCGUUAGAAGCUCCAAGUGAAGCUCAUUAUUAUGAUUUUAUCAGCGAGAACAAUCUUGGGCCAGGAAGAUCAUUGCCAACAGAAAAGGACAACUUUGUGUCAACCCUAUAUAAAGCUACAGAUGGUGUGUUUCUCAGGUACAACUAUCUCAUGAGGAAUCUUCAUUUACGGGCUGACGACGAUGGAGUUAAUCUUGACUUGAUGCAAAGUUUGUUGAACAACAAGGAUCUUCCAGUGCCUAUGACUGACAUAGUCAAAGAGUAUCUCGACAUAGCUCUCAGUGAAGAGUCAAAAGAGCUUCUCAAGUUUGCCGCAAUAAUCGCUUCGAAUGGUUAUUUCAGUUUUGCCGACCUAAUGAUCGUUACUGGUAAGGAUCUCAGCGAAGUUAGUGAACUAUUAUCUGAAUGUUUGGAAACUCGAAUUCUUGUCCCAUCUGGUAUAUUCUACAAAAUUCCAUUCCAUCUCGUUGGUGAUGAAGACUUCCCAUUCGAUUUCAGUGACUCGAUGAUUUGGGAAAUGGCUACCAAAGCAAAGUAUCACUUUGAUCACGACGCAAUCCAGAUUUACUUCUUGUCUGAGUUGGUAAGCACGAAUGAAUGGCGGAAUCACAACAAGUUGUGUGGUCUCAGGUAUCAAAAGAAAUUAUCCACAGAUGUGAAUGUCGAUAUCACCAGCAACUUGAUCCUGGCUUUCCACUUAUAUCUCGCCGAGCCAGAUGCAAAUGACAAAGAUCUGGAGAAUUAUUACGAGACAUUUGUUACUGCUGGAAGGUACGCACUCGCAACAUCCAAUCUUCAAUUGGCUCGAAACUUUUUCGAAUUCUCAGCAAGAUAUAUCGCCCCACAUGACAGGAGGAGCCGUCUCCGAAACUUGCUCACCGUUUGUCAAAUCAAUUUCCAUUUGGGAAAUUUCACCGAGUGCACGAAUUUGAUUCAGCAAGCUGAAGAAAGAUACGGAUCAGACAGUUCAAGCUUCUUGUACCUCAAGGUUAAGUGUUUGUUCCAUACAAGACAGUAUAGAAGAGGUAUGAGAACAAUUCUUAAAGGUCUUGAGUCUUUUGGAGUGGAAGUUUCAGGAGAUCCUCAGAAGUGUGAAGAGAUUGCAGAAAGAUUCAUCAAUCAGGCCCCACUUUCCAUUGCGGACAUCAGGGCCAUGCGCCAACUCAAGCCUUCCAACAAUCUGAGAUUCAGAUUUAUUGUUGAUUUGAUUCUGGAUGCAAUGGGUCCCUCUUACAUCUUGGGAAUGUCUCAUCUAAGAAUGGCUCUUUUGUCCCAGUUAAUUCGUCUCAUGAACACCCAUGGUGUGACUGCUACUUGUGCCAUCCCAUUAAUCCAUCUUGCAAACUACUUCGUUCAGCCAAAUGUUAGGAAUAAUACCGCUAAGGCCAUUGAGCUUUGUGAUGUUGCCUUGACUUUGGUGAACAAUUAUGGCGGUUCGAGUACUGAUCUCACCAGUCAAAUCUACGAGACUUUCGUCAAUUUGAUGGCCUCUUUCAAGCACACAACUACCGAGCUUGUCAAGUUUUCAGAAGGCUUCAACACUCAAGAUGCCUCCCUCAUGAAACCAAGUUCGUCUUGCAUGUCCUUGUUUUUCACUGCUUCUAACUUUCUCCUUUCCUUUUUGACAAAUUCGACUCAUCCCUCAACGUUUAGGAAGCUGAUGAGAUUUGCUAACGAGGAGGACGACAACAUAUCGCAAUGUGCACUUGGUUUGUGGACAGAAGAUGUCUCUUACAACACUUACAAGGAAUCAUACUCGAAGAUUUCUACUCAACAAAGACCUGACUUGGAAUUUGUGUAUCUUGCAAACGCUGUCAUAUGGUUAACCUCCGAGUCUCGGUAUAAGGAGGCAGCUGAAAUUGUUCUUGAUCGAUGCUACCAUGUACUGAGAAGAUUACCAAUCUCGAUAUUCCAUCUUGAAUUCUAUUUUUACGCUGCUGUUUCGUUGUGUUUGGGCUCUGACUCGAUGCCUAACACGGCAUCCUUACCUUUGGCUGCCAAAAUCAUGAAGAUGUAUGACUUGUGGGCUGAUAUUUGUCCACCAAACUUUGAAAGCAAGCUGGCUAUUCUUCAUGCUUGUUACAGCUGCGCUCAACUGUCCAAAACAUCUUUAACUGUUCUUGACAAUUUUGAGGUGGCGAUUGAAACUGCUAACAGAGCCACUCGGUGGAUUGAGGCGUGCUUGGCAAAUUACUUGUGUGCCAAAUGGCUAAAGAAAACUUCAGAAAGCAAGAGGAGAAUUUCAUAUUACGCUCAAAAUGCUUUGUCUAUUGCUGCAACUCUUAAAGCUGAGAGGCAAGUUGAUAUGAUGCAAAGGGAGUUCAGCUCUGUCUUUGAUAGCUUCAACUGGGCAGGUGUUUCGAUUCUCAGUGACAACCAACAACCUAGCCCACGAGGUCCACACUCACUUAACAGUCAGCUUCAACACAUUUUUGCUGAGAGUAACUAUGGUGCUGGAUCUGCCCCCAAGCUUCCUAGGCAGGAGAGCAAUACCAGUGUCAGUAACAACCAAGAGCCUAAUAUGCUUCUUCGAGGUCCUCAAGAUGAUUUGCCUACCCAGUCGGAGUUGACUAAAGCCAUCAAGCUCUGUUUGACCAUUUCGGAAUCGUCCGAUAUUGACUCAAUUGUGACCAGCUUGCUCGAAAGCGCUCUUCUUUUUUCGAAUGUUGACUACGGAGCUGUUGUUCUCAAUCUCAAUCAGUCUGAGCCAAGCAUCAAGGCCAUCGGUACGUUGAACAAUAUGUACAAGUUUGACGAUGAGCCAUUAGGUUUCAGGACUGACUUGGUACCUUACUCACUUGUGGUUCACUGUUUGCUCAUGGGUGAGGCUAUAAAUAAAGAUGACAACCCAGCUUUGUUUGACUCCAAAUUUGGAAAUGAUCACUACUACUUGCACAAUCCAUGCUCCUCGGCAAUUUGUAUUCCGAUCAAGAGUACCAAUGUUUACGGCGUGAUCUAUUUGGAGAGGCAUACUUUGCCAAACGAAGUGCCCCAGAGCUCGCCACAUUUCCAUUCCAGAAAGAUUGAUUUGAUAGACUUGCUUUGUUCCCAAGCGGCAGUGUCUUUUGGAAAGUCAUUGGUGUACUCACAAAUGGAACUUGCAAAGAAGGCCGCAGAAGACGCAACGGCUGAAAAGGCCAGCUUUUUGGCAAACAUGUCUCAUGAGAUCAGAACUCCUUUCAAUUCUCUUUUUGCAUGUUCCCUUUUCUUAUUGGACACAUCCUUGACCGACGCCCAAAGGGAAUAUGUUGAGACCAUUAAGAGUUCAGCCUUGGUCACUCUCAGUAUCAUCGAUGGUAUUCUUGCGUUCAGCAAAAUCGAGCAUGGAUCAUUUACCUUGGAUCACGCUCCAUUUGAUCUCAAUUCAUGUGUUGAAAGUGCCAUCCAAGUGACAAGUGAACAGACGUACAACGAGAAUCUUGAAAUCGUCUUCUACAAUCAUUGCCCUGGUAUUCUCGAAGUGAUGGGCGACAGCACAAGAGUCCGUCAAAUCAUUAUCAAUUUGGUUGGUAACGCCGUGAAAUUCACAAUGGAGGGUCACAUUAAGAUCAUUUUGGAGGCCAAACACAUGGGUGAUAAAAGGUACGAUCUUAAGCUUACUGUUGAGGAUACUGGUAUCGGUAUACCUGCUAAUUCGAAGUCCAAGGUCUUUGGAGCUUUCUCUCAAGUUGACGGUUCUUCUCGUCGUGUUCAUGGCGGCUCAGGUCUUGGUCUUGCAAUUUCCAAAAAGUUGGUUGACAUAAUGAACGGUGACAUUCAGUUCGACAGUGUGGAGGGGGUUGGAACCACCUUCUAUUUCACAUGUCCGUUUGAGGUGAGCAAAUAUAUCGAGAAGCUGGACGUGAAGCCUCGUAAUGUUGCUCUUGUUCUCGAGGAUUGUUUCAGACGGGAGGCUUUUGCACAGCAGCUUGAGUUCCUCAAUGCCAAGGUGCUGAUUUUUGGCAAACCCGAGGCCUUCGUGAAUCAGAAACAAAAGUUUGACGUCAUCUUUGUUGAUGAUCGAUUCUUGAGUGAUUUAAGCAAACCGAUAGAAGAGCUCAAGGGCUCAGACACCCAAAUUCACCUCAUCACAGAGUUUGGUACCCCAGUGUCUCAUAUAAACUUGCCUGAGAUUGGACUCAGCUCGAUCCUCUUUGCACCAAUGAGAAGAUCGAGAGUGGAGGAGCUUUUACGUGAAAGUUAUGAGGAUCCAGCACUGUUGAAGAAGCCCAAGCAACAAGGAACUGGUUCUACAGCUAUAUUGGGUGAGACAUAUCCAUUGAAGAUCUUACUCGCCGAGGACAAUGCUAUCAAUUUGAGGGUAGCACUGCAGCAUUUGAAAAAGCUAGGAUACGUUGCCGACCACGCAAAAGAUGGUGUGGAAGUUCUAGAAAAGUGUGACGCCAUGUUGAAAGCUGGUGGUAAGUACGAUGUCAUUUUCAUGGACAUCCAGAUGCCACGAAAGGAUGGUAUCACCGCGACAAUGGAGCUCAAGGAAUCAUUCAUUAUCAAUGGCCACGUCGACUUACUACCAGAGAUCGUUGCAUUGACGGCGAAUGUCGCUGGUGAAGACCGUGAUAAAUGCCUUAACUGCGGAAUGACAGACUUCAUUUCCAAACCAAUUCUCCCCGAGGAGCUCAGAAGAGUGCUCACGAGAGUGGGUGUACACAAAAAAGCAUUACAAUAA